UAAAUGAGUGACCACUAAUUUAUUUCUCUCUAUUUUUCCAGCUAGUAUACCGCAGGUCUCUUUAUUGUUCAUAGUAUUACCCAAAGCCACCUUAAGAAAAUUGUGCAUUAAUUUAGUUGGCAAUACUAUGUCUCGUAAGGUUAUAAUAAACGAACAAUAUUAAACGUAAGAGGGAGUAAAUCAGAUGGAAGGAAAAAGUGAUAAUGAUGAUAAUGUAUCUCCACCUAAACAACCCAAGACUGAUUCUUCCUUUCAAUCUGCAUUUAGUGGAUUGAAGAAAUCUGAAUUUUUUGAAGAGCCUGUUCCUGGAUCAUCAAAAGCUAGUGAUUCUUCUAAAUUUAAUACACUUCUGGUCAACUUAAAACAGAAAGGAAAUCCAUUGCUGAAAUCCCUAUCAAAUAUCCCAUGGGAAUUUUCUGAAAUUGUGCCAGAUUAUGUAAUGGGAAAAACUAGCUGUGCGUUAUUCCUGUCUAUACGUUACCAUCAACUUAAUCCUGACUACAUUCACGAACGAUUAAAGGCACUGGGGAAUAUGUAUAAUCUUCGAGUUCUUUUAGUUCAGGUAGAUGUAGCAGAUCCUCAUCAUGCUCUAAAACAUUUAACGAGAGUUUGCAUUCUCGCGGAUUUGACAUUGAUGUUGGCAUGGAGUGCUGAAGAUGCUGGUAAAAUUAUUGAGACAUAUAAAAUUUAUGAAAAUAAACCACCAGAUGCAAUUAUGGACCGUAGCGAUACAGCACCUUAUCAAAAGUUGGUCAGCGCUUUAACUACGAUACGAUCGGUUAAUAAAACAGAUGCUACGACUCUUCUGUCAACGUUUGGAACAUUAGGCGAAUUGAUCAAGACAAAACCAAAUACGUUAGCUCUUUGUCCUGGUAUCGGUAUACAAAAAGCUGAACGAAUUCAUAAAACAUUACACGAACCAUUUUUACGUCCUUCGAGAUCUGUAACGCACUAAGUAUAAGUAUUAUGUGAACGAUGAUUUGUAUUAAAGAUAUUUUUGUA